UAGUCGUAAAGUGCAGUAAAGGCACCAGCAUUUUGCGGCACCGUAGGUGAGGCCGGCGGCGUGGGUCCUUGCGGUGCGUGGAGCCGGCGCUUUGGUAGUUCCUUCUGCGGAAAGACGGUAGUUUGGAAUUUGGAAAGGCCAGGGAACUAGUCUCUCUUCUCCUGAAGUUUGAAAUGCUUUAUCUCAUCGGCUUGGGCCUGGGAGAUGCCAAGGACAUCACAGUCAAGGGCCUGGAAGCUGUUAGACGCUGCAGUCGAGUGUAUCUAGAAGCCUACACCUCAGUCCUGACUGUAGGGAAGGAAGCCUUGGAAGAGUUUUACGGAAGAAAAUUGAUUCUUGCUGAUAGAGAAGAAGUGGAACAAGAAGCAGAUAAUAUUUUAAAGGAUGCUGAUAUCAGUGAUGUUGCGUUCCUUGUGGUUGGCGAUCCGUUUGGGGCUACAACACACAGUGAUCUUGUCCUAAGAGCAACAAAGCUGGGAAUUCCUUAUAGAGUUAUUCACAAUGCCUCCAUAAUGAAUGCUGUAGGCUGCUGUGGUUUACAGUUAUAUAAGUUUGGAGAGACAGUUUCUAUUGUUUUUUGGACAGACACUUGGAGACCAGAAAGCUUCUUUGACAAAGUGAAGAAGAACAGACAAAAUGGCAUGCACACAUUAUGUUUACUCGACAUCAAAGUAAAGGAGCAGUCUUUGGAAAAUCUAAUCAACAAUCACCGAGGAGACACUUUGUGUUGGCUUAGCCAGGGUUGGAGCAGACGACCAGAAAAUUGCAGCAGGCACUUUACAGCAAAUGUGUACUGUGGACUUGGGAGAACCAUUGCAUUCCUUGAUCAUCACAGGAGGCAGCAUACAUCCAAUAGAGAUGGAGAUGCUAAAUCUCUUUUCCAUACCAGAAAAUAGCUCAGAAUCUCAAAGCAUAGAUGGACUUUGAAUGUAGAUAUUUACUAUUGUCUAAUUUAAAUUUCAACCAUAUAUGGAUUGAUAUGGUUUGGCUGUAUCCCCACCCAAGUCGCAUCUUGAAUUUUAAUCCUCAUAAUCCCCAGGUGUUGUGGGAGGUAAUUGAAUCAUGGGGGGUGGUUACCCCCAUGCUAUUCUCAUGAUAGUGACUUCUCAUGAGAUCUGAUGGUUUUGUAAGCGUCUGGCAUUUCCCCUACUGGUUCUCAUUCUCACUCUUGCCACUCUGUGAAGAGGUGCCUUUCACCAUGAUUGUAAGUUUCCUGAGGCCUUCCCAGCCACGUGGAACUGUGAGUCAGUUAAACCUCUUUUACAAUUACCCAGUCUCGGGUGUUUCUUUAGCAGUGUGAGAAUGGACUAAUACAUGGAUGCAUGCACAUUUGUGUAACAAACAGGUCUUUUGGCUUAUCUAGCAAGUAUAAAACAAGCGACCAAAAAGAAGUUGACUCAACAAUGCUUGGUUUCCCGUGGCAGUGAGUUUUUUCCCUAUGAUAUCAUCAGUUGUUGCUGCUAUUUUGGCAACUUUUCAGGAUGUACACAUAUAGAGCAGACCAGGCUGGAAAGCUUGUGGAUAGACAUCCACUGACAGAAUCAUUUGAGCAGUUUUUAUUUAUGAAACCAAUUUAUACAAGAUGGUUGUUAACAGAAUAUAACUUAGAGGUAACUGGAAUUUGAAUCACUUGAAUCUCAGUUUUAAAGGGUAGAAGUUAUGAGUGCCAAGAAAAGCAAAUAAGAGAUUAGUAAACAUUCACAAAAUAUGUUUAUAAUUUUCUUCUUUUUAAAAAAGUUAGCUGUCCUGACUGCAUGAGUUGUCCUGACAGCAGCUGGUAUUACUGUAUAUAAACAAAGGUAGAAAGAUUACAUUUCCAUCCAGCAGUCUGACUUAAAGCUCAGCUGAGCACAUGCCACAAAAUGACAUUCUUCUGAAUUCACUGUCUUGGUUAGCUGACAUCCUAAUUAUGUGGCUCAUAUUCUGCUGUAUUUUGGAGGUUAUGUAAUUGUUUAAUUAUAAAUGUUCAGCCAGUCUUGUACAGUUGCUGUUUGGUUUUAAAUAGCAUCUUUCACAUCCAAGCAGACAAAUGGAAAACUUGCUGACUACAAAAUAAAAUUUGUAAAAAUGUAAGUUUGAAGG